AUAAAGUAAACGACAGCGGAACCUCUUCCUUUUCCUUCUCACACAACACAUAAAGGACAUCGUCGAUCCCACAACGCAGUCACACACCCCUUUCCCUUCUUCAUCAUAACAGCAACUUCUAAACAGGGAAGUAGGAUCCGAUUACAUGAUCCAUGGCUUCAUCAAUUUCGAUCUCUUUCAGCUAAAAGUUUCAACCUUAAAGGGAAACUUCGCUUGGGGUUUCAAUCUCUGAAACGAUGUCGUCACCUUCUUCUUCGGUACCCCAUUACAGCUCUCUCCCCUCACCCUCCUCCUCCCACUCCACCGCCACAUACUUCGUAUCACGCGCUAACGCAACCUCCACGCGCUCCGCGUUCGCCACGCGCCGCCCAUGGGAAGAGGUCUUCGCGCUCUACUCGUUCACGCGCCCCUACUCAACCGGCGAAGCCACGAUGCGCGUGAGGCGCAACCUCGACCACUUCCGCGUGAACUACGCCAUGAUCGUCCUCUUCAUCUUGUUCCUUAGCCUUCUAUGGCACCCCGUAUCCAUCAUCGUGUUUUUGGUGACCCUCGUGGCAUGGUUCUUCCUUUACUUCUUCAGAGACGAACCGGUGGUGGUGUUAGGGCGCGCGGUGGACGACAGGGCGGUGGCGGCGGCACUUGCGGCGGUGACGGUAGUGGCCUUGGGGAUCACCGGCGUAUGGGUGCACGUGUUGGUGUCAGUGGUGGUUGGGGUUGCGCUUGUUGUGUUGCACGCUGCGUUUAGAAGCACUGAGGAUUUGUAUAUGGAUGAGCAUGAGGGUUAUGAUGGAGGGUUGCUUUCGGUUGUUGGGGGCAGCCCUACAAAACGCUCAGGGUAUACCUUAGUUUAG